AUGGCUAUGCGUAGGUUCAUAGGUCGUCGUGGCAAGCCUGCGCAUAUGUACUUGGAUAACGGAAAGAAUUUUGUUGGAGCCAACUCUGACUUAAAAGAAUUGUGGAACAUGUUAAAACAAAAUUCAGAUAGCCUAUCUGAAAUUCUUGCAAACGAAGAUGUUAAUUGGCACUUUAUCCCCCCGUAUUCACCUCACUUCGGUGGCUUAUGGGAGGCGGCGGUGAGAUCCACCAAGUUUCAUUUGAAAAGGGUAGCGGGAAACGCGCACAUGACCUUCGAGGAAAUGUACACCGUUUUAGUACAAGUUGAAUCCAUUUUAAAUUCAAGGCCGUUAUCCCCUAUUAGUGCCAGUCCUGACGACCUCACUCCUCUCACCACGGCGCAUUUUUUAAUUGGCCGCCCAUUAACGUCAUUACCAGAUUGGGAACUGGAAAAUGUCCCCACCAAUAGGCUGGUAAGAUACCAGCGCAUCCAACAGACUGUCUAG